AAUCCGUAUAUAUGGAAAUAAACUCCACAUAGGCCUCUUCGCUCUCCUCCACCACCAUGGCCACCACCGCUUCCGGCUCCGUCAUCCUCCUUCUGCUCCUAGCCGCCGGCGCUGCCGUCGACGGCAGAGUCAUAAGCAACCGCACAUCGUCCACCGGCCUAGUCUCUGACGGCGUCCACGACCACCGCGAUGGCUCGCCUUAUCUUCUUCUCAGAUCAUUUUCCGCUGUUUCAGCCUCGGAUUCAUGUGAUCAGACGUACGGAUUCAUGCCCUGCACAACGACAACAGUGGGUAACCUCUUCCUCAUCCUGGUCUAUGGUUACCUCAUGUUCCUCGCCGCAACCUAUCUUUCCUCCGGCAGUGAGCUCCUGCUUGAACUCUUGGGUCCUGGCCUGGUCGGUGGCCUCUUGCUUCCCAUUCUCGGCGCUCUUCCCGAUGCCAUGCUUAUCCUUGUAUCUGGACUGUCUGGAAGCACAGAAACUGCACAGAGUCAGGUCUCUGUAGGAAUGGGGUUGCUUGCUGGAUCAACUGUAAUGCUCCUUACAAUAAUAUGGGGAACUUGUGUUAUUGUUGGCAAGUGUGACCUUCAGGAUUCAGUUGCCAAAGACUCGCAAGAUACCAAAGGAUUUAGCCUAACCGGUUCUGGUGUUAGUACCGAUAUCUGGACUAGUUACGCUGCAAUCAUCAUGGUGAUAUCAGUCAUCCCAUUUAUCAUUGUCCAACUACCUCAAGUUCUACAUUCAACUUCAGCAAGACGCUUAGCAGUCUUGAUUGGGCUUAUUGUCUCCCUUAUAUUAUUGAUUACUUAUUGCUUUUACCAGGUUUUUGUGCCUUGGAUACAAAAGAGACGACUUGCUUAUGCAAAGCAUAAACAUGUAAUAUCUGGUCUUCUUAAACAUUUAAGAAAGCGCGCACUCGGAAGGCUCCUAACGGAGGAGGGUGAACCUAAUGAAGAAAUUAUAAGAAAGCUUUUUCAUACAAUUGAUGAGAAUGACGAUGGGAACCUUUCAAAAGCCGAAUUAAGAGCAUUGAUUGUAGGAAUUCAGUUUGAGGAGAUAGACUUGGAUAAGAAUGAGGCUGUGGACAAAGUGAUGAAUGAUUUUGAUACAUCCAAUGAUCAGUUUGUUGAUGAGGGAGAGUUUGUCAAAGGAAUUUCAAGAUGGCUUAUGGAAGCAAAGCGUUAUGGGGGUUCUGGUCCUGAUGCUGGUCCUAAUUCAUCAAGUGUUUUAGAUGCUUUUCACAAGGGAACAAAGAGAGAGCACAAUCGUUUGGGGGGGGAUCAAAGUGAUGAGGUGGUUGAGGCUGUGGAAAACCCGAAGUGGAUUACCUUUAAAGCAGUAAUGAUGUUGUUGUUGGGAACUCUUAUUGCAGCUGUAUUUGCUGAUCCCCUUGUAGAUGCUGUUGACAACUUCUCUGAUGCUACAAGUAUUCCUACCUUCUUCAUCUCAUUUAUUGCACUGCCCUUGGCUACCAACUCCAGUGAGGCAGUUUCAGCAAUUAUCUUUGCUAGCCGCAAAAAGAACAGGACUACGUCUUUGACAUUUUCAGAGUUAUAUGGGGCGGUAACAAUGAAUAAUGUCCUUUGCCUGUCGGUCUUCUUAGCCCUCGUUUAUGUUAGGGGAUUGACAUGGGACUUUUCAUCAGAGGUGCUGGUCAUUGUCAUAGUUUGCGUUGUGAUGGGCGUUUUUGCCAGUUUCCGCACCACCUUCCCUCUCUGGACAUCUUUUGUAGCUCUCUUGCUAUACCCUUUCUCCCUGGCGCUAGUUUAUGUUUUGGACUAUGUCCUUGGCUGGUCAUAGAGUCAUGGAGACCACAAAAGUUUUACGGGAGGCACUCUCUUGUGACUAAUCGUAAGCUCUAUGAUUAUUACUCUUUUUUGAAUUCUCGGCUGUUUCACCUACAUCUAUAUUUUGAGCUAAUAAUGCUUGGAACCCGAAACUUGAAACGUUGUUUUGUAGCAAUGGUAGAUAGCAAAUUUUCUAGUGUUCAGAAAGGUGAAAAUUACUUUGCUUUCAAUGCCACAUGAGUCUUUUUUUUUUCUUCCUCUUAAAUAUGAAGGUUGAUCUUUAUGUUAAAACCACUAGUACUUGAGGUUGUGUUUAAAUAAUUUUGCUGCUGAAUACCGAUUUUAUUACUUUUGUUCAA